AUGGCCGCCGUGCUGGCCCCCGCCUACCGCCCUCUCCGCCGCGAUGCCCCCAACCACCACCCCGCCGCCCUCGCUCCGCCGCGCGCUCGCUCGCAGCCGCCCGGCCCCCGCGCCAUGCCCGCCAGCAACACCGUCUCCUACUGUCCCGCCCAGCACUCAUGGGUCCUGCACGCCCCCGACGACCCGCCGCCGCGCCCGCCGCCCGCUGCGUACAUGCCCGCCUCCGCGCCGCUGCUCGACCCUCUCCUCUUCGACACUCUCGCCGACGAGCUACACUUGCCCGAAUUUGAGGUCGGCCCCGCCAGCCCCUCGGACUGCGACCCGCCGUCGCUCGCCGUGUCCGAGGCCCAGCUGGACGACUGGCUGUUCCAGAUCCUGCGCAUGCCCCGCACCGCCGGCGACGAUGCCUGUCUGGAACAGCGGCCUCGCAGGCACGUCGACUACCUCUCGCAUCGCUGGGAGCAAGAGCAGCUCUGGCAGACCUGGCGGUAUGCCGUCGGCAAGCAAGACUCGCUGCCUGACGGCCAUCGCCUGGCGAAUGCCGCCUGGAGGGCGUGGUCCAAGAUCGAGUACGGCCUCGCCACUCUGUCGCCGGAAUCUCUGGGCUGGGUGAAAGAAGCUGAUGUCACCUGGCUAUACGGCCCUCUCUAUGACGACUCCGAAUCCUCUCUCUCUGACCUCCCCUUCCUCGCCCCCUCCGCCUCCAACAGCUUCCCCGUGAAAAAGCCCAUCCUGAAGAGAACCACCAUCUCCCAGGCCAUCCUGCAGCACUCCCUCUCCACCAACUCCCUCCUCGAACACGCCAGCAACCUAAUCAAAUCCCGCUCAGCAGACCACCCCGACGUGGACUGGCUGCAACGCUCCGCCUCCGACAGCGUCUUUUCCGGGCCCCGCGCUGAAAUUGCCCUGAGAGCCGCCGAAGCAACGCUGUCGACCCCGGCUUCGGGCGCCACCUCGCCCACCGGCCGACGCCGCAUCACCUUCAACAACGUCGUGUCGCAAGUCGUCGCCGUGGGCGGCGACGACGACGAUGACCACGAGCCGUGCUAUCGCGACUACGACGACAACUUCGCCUUCGCCGACGAGUGCUGCCUCUUGGAUGACGGCCGCGACAGCGACGACGAGAUGUCCGAUGGCACGCUCGUCAUGGCGCCGCAAGGCCACUCGCGGCCGGACUCGCGAGACAGUACCUCGUCCACCAGCAGCUUCAACAGUGAUACGCGGACCAUCAUUGCCCAUCUGCCGCCGACGACGCUGAAAUACGACAGUGAUUCGGACGUCGACGACGAGCCGUACGGUCGAUACGGGCCUGCGUGCUAUGCAUCUGCGUUCCAGCAGGUCAAUGCCGCCAAUGACAUCAUACAUCAGGCGAAUGAGAACCCUAGCUCGUCGCAGCCUUCGCUGCUGACAAGAACGCCAAAAACGUCAAGUAGCCCGGUGAAAGACAGCAGCAGCAACGGCGACAACGAUGAAAUGUGGUAUCUGUCUCCAUCGGGCGUGUUCGUGCCGCCGGACCAGCUGGCCGAUCGAAACAGCGACCGUGGGGACAGCGGCUCGCCGGAGGACAGCUUGAUUGGCCGAGUCGUCGACGCGAUGCAUACCGUUCGCGAUAUCGCCCAUGUUUUUUGGAAUGUCGGCUGGGGUUCCUGA